AUGCAUAUCCCUCUUCUUCUUAUGCCCGUCUUGGGUGCUCUCGCCCAAGCCAACCCUAUCACCUCACGAGCAUCAUCAUGGCCGAACGCCCCCUUCACCACCUCUGGCCGUGACAUGAAAAACAACCUCGAUGAGACAGUCGUCUAUGCCGGAGUCAACUGGCCCGGUGCAGCCGAUGUCAUGAUCCCCGAAGGCCUACAGUACCAAUCCGUCAGCACCAUCAUGUCCAAAAUCAAGGAUCUAGGCAUGAAUGUCAUCAGACUAACCUACGCCAUCGAGAUGAUCGACGACAUCUAUGGGGGUGUCGACAGCAGUCUCAAAACCGCCUUCAUCCAAGCACUAGGAGAGACAAAUGGCACAAAGGCGUUGAAUGAAGUCUUGACUAGCAAUCCCACCUUUACUGAAAAUACCACUCGUCUGGAGGUGAGUAUUCAGACGACUGAAUAUCCCAUUGACCAUGGGUCUAACAACUAUAUCCACCAGGUCUUCGACGCCAUCGCCGCAGAAGCAAACACACAGCAAAUCUACGUGCACCUCGACAACCACGUCUCCAAAGGCGAAUGGUGCUGCAGCCACACAGACGGCAACGCCUGGUUCGGCGACACCUACUUCAACGUCGCAAACUGGCAGCGCGGGCUCGCUUUCAUGGCCAACCAUGCCAAAUCAUGGCCAGCAUUUACUUCCAUGUCUCUGCGCAACGAACUUCGCACUACUGCAAACGGCACAGGCGAUAACUGGGUGUCGUGGUACGAAAACAUGAUUCCUGCUGCCGAUGGCAUUAACAAAGCAAACCCCUCGUCUUUGAUUUUCUUCUCGGGGUUGAAUUAUGAUACGCAGUUGGGCACGAUUGUGGAUGGCAAGGACAUUGGUAAUGGAACCUCUUUCUCUCUGACCGACCACGCCUUCGCCGACAAAAUAGUCUGGGAGUUGCACAACUACGCAAACAGCGCAACAAACUGCGGCGACAUAGAAGGAAGCCUAAGAAACCAAGGUUACAACGCCAUGGAAGGUGAUUCUGCAGCUAUCAACACUGCCCCUGUAGUGUUGACAGAAUUUGGCUUCGAUCAGAAUUCUGGCUCGGAAAGUGUUUAUGCGCAGUGCAUCAAGAAGUACUUGACUACCUUGCCCGGCGGACCUGGUGGCUGGAUGCAAUGGGUGAUUUCUGGAAGUUACUAUAUUCGUGAGGGUGGCCAGGAUAAGGAUGAGAGUUGGGGAUUGUUGAAUCAUGACUGGUCUGACUGGCGCAAUCAGACUGCAACUGACUACACAAAGAGCUUCGUAGAUGAGACUCUGUCAUGA